CAUGAUCAUCACGCUCUGCGACAACAUGAAAGCUGCCUCGUGAUUGGACGAUACAGAGUCGCCUGACCAAUAGUGACUCAGGUUCGAGAUAGCUGACUGUCAUAUGACACAGCUGAUCGAUCUGGCUACUCACACCAAAACAUUGCCGGAGUCAGGAUGUUGGACAGUAUUUUUAACAUCGAUAACGGCUACCUAGAGGGCCUUGUGCGGGGCUUCAAGAAUGGUAUCUUGAAGCAAACUGACUACUUGAAUCUUGUGCAGUGUGAAACCUUAGAUGACCUGAAGCUUCACCUGCAGAGCACUGACUAUGGUAACUUCCUGGCCAAUGAGGCUUCACCUUUGCAAGUGUCAGUCAUUGACGACAAGCUGCGGGACAAGCUGGUGACAGAAUUCCAGCACAUGCGUAACCAUGCUGUGGAACCCUUGGGAACUUUCCUGGAUUACAUUACAUAUGGGUACAUGAUAGACAACAUUGUGCUGCUAAUCACUGGGGCUCUUCACCAGCGACCAAUAUCUGAGCUAAUGCCCAAGUGCCAUCCCCUGGGCACAUUUGAGCAGAUUGAGGCCAUCAAUGUGGCUUCCACCAGCUCUGAGCUCUAUAAUGCUGUUUUGGUCGAUACUCCACUGGCCGAUUUCUUCGGGGAAUGUGUGAGUGAACAAGAUUUGGACGAGUUGAACAUUGAAAUCAUCCGUAACACACUAUAUAAGGCCUACUUGGAGUCCUUCUACAGUUACUGCAAGUCUCUGGGCGGCAUCACUGCUGAAGUCAUGUGUGAAAUCCUGGCCUUUGAGGCUGACCGUCGAGCAUUCAUCAUCACAUUGAACAGUUUUGGGACAGAGCUCACAAAUGAAGAUCGAAAGAAGCUUUAUCCACAGUGUGGUAAACUCUAUCCUGAUGGCUUGGCUGCUCUGGCUCGAGCUGACGAUGCAGAAAAUGUCAAACAAGUUGCUGAGUUUUAUACAGAGUAUCGCGCAUUGUUUGAGGGUGCUGGUAACAACCCGGGUGAGAAGACUUUGGAGGAUAAGUUCUUCGAGCAUGAAGUGAAGUUGAAUAUUAAUGCUUUCUUGCAUCAGUUCCACUUUGGAGUCUUCUAUGCCUAUCUCAAACUGAAAGAACAGGAAUGCCGUAACAUUGUUUGGAUUGCUGAGUGUAUUGCCCAGAAACACAGAGCCAAAAUUGACAAUUACAUCCCCAUUCUGUAAAGUAUCUUCCUCUUAAGGUUUACUGCUCACAAGGUAAGUUCUUAUUGCUUUAAAAUGAAGAUACAGUAUCUCCAGAAAUUUGCUCUUGAACCAUAAAGCUAAAUUUGAUAACCCCUUUGUUUUAUGUACAGUAAUAGUAUUUAUGAAUUUAAUAUAUCUUGAACAAAUAUUAAAAGAACUACAGGUGUAAACCAAAAUAAAUUUUUGCCAUCAUUUUUUAGUAUGGGGAUCCAUUCAAUGUAUCCUAAAUUUGGAAUUUCAAAGGUAUGAAGGAAAUGUACUUUUCCAAGUACAGUAAUUCAUUUUGUUACAAUACAAAGUUUUUGAGAGUUACCCGGUAAAAGAAAUUAGAUACAAAAUAUGGUAAUUGUUAGGUAAGAAAUUUAAGAUGGAAAUCAAUUCUCUUGUUCUAUAUAUGAAAAGAAUGUCUUAAUAUUUUGAAACUAUAUUUGGAAAGGGUAUCUUACAAGACAAGGUUGUGAAUUAACUCGAAACAAAAAGAUCCUAUUACACAUAAUGUUAGAAAUGAAGAGCGAGGUAAGAUUCUAAAGUGUUUCCUGCUUCUCUCUUGAAAAUAAUUAAUUUGAACAUAUUGAAAAAUGGUCAUGGAUGCUACCCAGUCCACCAAGAACAUAUUGCAAAAUGUGUCUAAUCAAGGAAGAUGUAUAAUUAAAGCAAGGUUUUGUAAAGCUGGACAUUUUGAAGUGUUAACACAAUUCUUAUAAUGUUACACUUUUCUGUAUUAUAACUGGUUUUAGCAGUUAUCAUUGAAUACUGUUUUAAUAGUUGUUCAGCUGCAUUUCCACCAUACGACAAAAGAUAAUAUUUAGUCAGAUAAUAAUGAUACAUUAUAAAGUUGCUUUGGAAAGAAGCGGUACAUCCUCAGUAUCAUUUAUGACUGAAAAGCAAAAACAAAAACCAGUUACUUGUAACCAGGACUUAUAUAUAAGCCAAGACAUUUGACAUUUGUUUCAUGUAUAAACUUCUUAUUUGGGCAAAGGGUUUCUUGUAUAUUAAAAUCAGGUUGCUGGGUGAAAUAUCUAAUUUCUUGUGUUUAAACCUAACAACUUAUUGCCUCAAGAUUCACUAAUGGUGAAUUCUCAACUAAGAAGUGCAUACAUGUAGGGAUGUAUUAAACAUUCUGGCUUAAUAUGUAUAGCUGUACUACUUUAAAUGUUUUGGGUGUUGUGCUGUUAACCUAAUAGCUUAUGAUGGCAGUGUAUAUUACAUAUUUAUGAAUUACUUGUACAGUAUAGAACAUAUUACAAAUGAGGAAGAAUAUAUGUACAGGUAUAUGUUUAACAGUUUUUUGUGAAGUAUUUGUCAACCUUUACUGUGUUUGUGAUUAUUAAGUAUUUUACAAUAUAAAAAACUGAAGGGAAAAUAACGUUUUAGAUUGCCUUUACACACAUCAAUUUAAACAUUCCAAAUACUGCACUUGUCUACCAUUAGUCAAGAUGAAAAAAAUUGUCACAGAAACUUACUGUAACAUCUGAAAGCACAAUAUGUUGAUGUGUGUAAUAUUGCUUCCUCAAGUGAAGUACCGGGCUCAAAAGUUCACUAGAUUAUUAUUUUUAUUUUUUUUAGAGUAUGUACAUAUUAGUAGGUGUUUACCAAGAUUAAUUACCUUUAAUUGGAGAAUAUUAGAAGAUAGUGGUUAAGUCCUUUUGAAUAAUCUUACUGUUAAAAGACCUUUAUAUGUUAGGUCAAUAAUUUUCAAACUUGAAAGAGUUAUCAAAAUCUAAAUAAUAAAGGUAAUAGUAUAUGAA